AUGUCGGACCACGGCGGGGACGGGGACAUGCAGCGGCAAUGCCGGCGAGGCGUGGCGGUGGACGUCGUCGAGCUCGGCGCGGCGCUGGCCCUGGCCGACAUGGCCGGAGCCGCCGUCAAACCGCCGCCAAGGCCAGCCUGCGCCGCUCAGGACGACGAGGACGAGGAGAUGGUGGCCACCACGAGGCUAACCCUCCAGCUGGGCAACAACAACAACAGCAACGUCGGCAUCCAAUCCUCCUCCUGCUCCAGCAGCGGCUCCAGCGCCGGCCGCCCCGCGCUGCCGCCGCCGCCAUCGUCGUCAACAAGCUACGGCCCCAAGCUCCGCCACAUGCUCACCGAGGAGGAGAAGGAGGCGAAGCGGCUGCGGCGAGUGCUCGCCAACCGGGAAUCCGCGCGCCAAACCAUACUCCGCCGCCAGGCGAUUAGGGACGAACUGGCCAGAAAGGUUGCAGAUCUGUCGACACAGAACGAGAGCAUGAAGAAGGAGAGAGAAACAGUGAUGCAAGAGUACCUCUCACUGAAGGAGACAAACAAGCAGCUCAAAGAACAGGCACAUCAUCUAUCGCUUUCCUUAUUCUAGUCUACAUAAUCUCUUCUCUUUUCUUCUUUUUGCCCUUUUACUACAGAUUACUCCCUACCAUUCUGAGGCCAAAGAGAAUCUACUCUACUACACUCUAGCAUGUUCCAAGUCCAAACCUCCAGAUACUUUAAUCCCUAAUCAUGUUCUCUUUACCACUAAUAACUCCAAAUUAAUCUAGCUACCAUUCUGAGCUAUGGGCUAAGGCCAAAGAGGUAAUAAUGUACCAGUAGCAUGUUCCAAGCCUCGAUCCAGUUGUUGAAAGAGCCACAUGACUGCACUGCAGCUGCACUUUUAACCGGUGGGCAAUAGUAGGGCGUUGCCGUACGCGUUGUGGCUACUGGCGAAUAGGAAAGACCUGUGUAAAUUGAUAACGAUUUCUUUCUUUUGUCUCGUCGGUAGGAGAGCAAAGCUUAGUUGGCUAUAAGAUUUUUUAUAGCUUUUUCAUAGCCUAUCCAUAUACUAGUUAGUUCUUUAUCAUUAAUGCAGGAUCAAUAUUGCAGGAUCAACAUGUCAUUCACACAGUUUCUUGAUUCCUGUGUCUAAGCUGGCUAUAGACUAACAGCCUGCUUACACUU